AUGACGUCGAAAGAAUCCCGGUCUCAGACCGGAAAAGAGAGAUGGCUAAGCCCCGCGCGGCUGUGGGAAUAUCUCGAUUUAGACUCGCAUAGCGUCCUCAUGAUGCUGAAGGGAGCAUUAGCGCCGACUAUCACAAUUGCAAUAUACCAGAGUACUGCAAUUUCAAAUAUCACUACAACUAUCGGUUACCUGUCGGCCCUGAUUUCCGUCCUUUCACAGGGCCUCAUGCCGCGCGCAAAGUUCAUGAAGAUCAUGUUCUUCGACCUGUUAUCCACAUGCGUCUCGGCAUCUAUCUGCUGUCUCGCUGUAUUUUGCGCCGUUAAGGCACGCCAGCACAACACGCCCCACAACGCUAGUGAGGCGGUUCGAAAUGGCUUCAGCAGCGAUGCCUGCGCUGUCUCUGCCAUCUGGCUAAUCUUUAUGAUCUGGGCGGCAAAUUCAUUACGCGCACUUAAGCCCAUGGAACUACAGGAUCCAAUGGUUGCGUUUUCUAUCUUCGCUUCCGUGACCAUCACCCGCGCUGGCAUGUUUACCUCCCUUUCCGAGGGAUUGGAGUUUAUAUCUCGGCUUCUGAAAGGGUUUAUGAUCGGCUUCGCCAUCGCGGCUGGAGUAUCGUUAUUGAUACUCCCCAUCACUAGCCGCGGUAAUGUCUUCCAAGACAUGAAGCGGUACGUUGCUGCCGUGGAGGGGGUACUUGAUGCGCAGAUCGCCUUCGACGAGGGUGGUGCGACGGGCGGGAUCUUUGGAAGGGGCUUUCUUCGUCGGGCACGGACCGCGAUGGGCCGUGAUGGGGAGGAAGAUGAAAGCGAGAGCGACACAGAUCUACAAUCCAGGAUUAAGGAUCUGCAGGUUUCAAUGGCUAAACUGAACGCGAUGCAUAACACGCUGCAUGCUGAUCUGUUCUAUUCUAAAGAUGAGAUCGCAUGGGGAAAACUGUCAGCGGACGAUCUGAGUGGAAUUGCCUCGUUGUUCCGAAGUCUUUUGCUUCCACUUGCUGGAAUGUCGAUGGUGCCGGAGAUCCUGGAGUCGAUCAUUAAGAAUGAAGGCGUUGGGACGGCUGAGCGUGACGAUCUACGAGACUCGAAAACGAGACAGGGGGAUAUUCUGAGGGUAGUGGAGACGCAUCAUGCGCGGCUUGUUGAGGCGGCUGAUUUGGUUCGCUGUGGAUUGGCGCAUUUUCUUUCUGCCUUGGAGCUUAUUUCAGCUAAGCAUUUGGAUCACUUGAAAAAGACGCACAUUGCCAGGUACCGCCAUGACGAGGAAGCAAGGGGGGAAAGCUUGAAUCCGGGUGAUCAAGACUUUACGUCACGGUUUGAGAAUCAGCUACACGCUUAUUACUCGCGAAGGAAAGACCUAUCUGAGGCGCUUACGAGUCUUGAGGCAUUUUCUGAGAAAUAUGAUCGUGAUGCUCUUGGUGGUGGUCGUGGACAUGUCGUCGCUGCAGAUCCGCCUAUCUGCCAGGAGUUCUUCCUCAUUCUCUAUAUGGCUCAUCUCCAGGACGAUCUCUUGACGGCAACCAUGAAACUAGUCAAUUUUGCUGACAGCAAGGUUGUGGAUGGAACAAUGGUGCGCGGGAGAUUAAUAUUCCCCAGGCAAAAGUCCAUUCGCGACUGGUUGUCCUUGAGUCACGGCAAAGACAGUCAAUCCUUGCAGGAAAAUAGGAGGUCGUCUGUGGACCCUGCGGAUAUUGAUCGCACAGAGCGAGAUACCAGAUUCCCGGAUCCAGAACACCUGCCGCCUGCAAAUAUAUGGGAGAAAGGUAGUGCGGUAUUGCGUGUGAUUUCUCAUGCACUGAAAUCCGACGAGAGCACCUUUGGGUUUCGUGUAGCAGCCGCCUCUUUCUCGGUCGGCAUUCUCGCGUAUCUGCAUCAGACGCAAGACUUUUUCAUUCGUCAGCGAUGUAUUUGGGCGAUGAUUGUCAUUGUCAUUGGCAUGAACCCGACAAGUGGGCAGACUAUGUUUGGAUUCGUAGCGCGUAUUGUCGCAACGGUGAUUUCGCUCGUAUUAAGCUUGAUAGUAUGGUAUAUUGUUGAUGGGAAGACAGCGGGUGUGAUCGUUUUUCUCUACUUGGCAAAUGUGUUCGAGUACUACUUCUACGUCAAACUCCCGCAGUACUUUGGCCCGUCGGUUAUUUCAAUCGUCACCUUGAAUGUCAUCAUUGGCUAUGAGUUACAAGUCCGUAAACUCGGCAUACAAGCCGCAGAGUCCAACGGCCAGCCUUACUAUCCCAUUUACCUUUUUGGACCCUACAAGUUGGCAGCGGUUGCAGCCGGAUGUGCAAUAUCCUUUUUCUGGGUUAUAUUCCCAUACCCCAUCACAGCUAAGUCUCAGCUCCGCCAUCUCCUUGGUCGAAGCAUGUUCGUCCUGGCCAGAUUCUAUAGCUGCAUGCACACGACAAUUGAGCUUUGGUUUGGUGGUGGACUAGGCAGUACUGACGAUGAGAGCUCGCCAGGUUAUCAGCUCCAAGUUUCCCGACACAAAAUAUUCAAAGAGGAGAUGAUGCUACUGAACAGCCUCCGGGUGCACAGCCAUUUUAGUACAUUCGAGCCCCCGAUCGGAGGCAAAUUCCCGAAGAAAGUCUACGAUGAUAUAAUUUCCGAGAUCCAGCGCAUCUUGACCAGCAUGUCACUUAUGGCACACACGACACAAUGCUUGGACGUGCUUUCUCUCGAAUCUGAACACGCUGGUCAUAAAGGCGAUGAUCAAUGGAUGGCACGAUUGGCAGAAAUCGCUUUGAAAUCCGCGGAUUUUAACUCCCACCACAUUACCUCAUUACUGUGCCUUCUUUCUGCUGCUAUCAUGAAUUCCCAGCCCUUACCGCCAUAUCUUUCGACGCCAGACUCGUUCCCUCUUGCGCGGCAAAUGCAGAAGAUUGACGAUGAGCUGUUGAGUAUUCGACAUAUCGGAGACCCGUCGUUCUCUGCAUUUGUAGCCUUGGAGGUAUUGAGGUCUGUUGUGAGUUUCAGCUUGCAGGAAUUGAUCGAUAACGUUCGGAAACUGGUCGGAGAGCUGGAUUUUGACUUUCAUAUUCCUCAGACUCACCACGACACAGAGUCAUCGGGACUACUACAGCCCAACAAUGCGAACACCGACGCCACAUGA